GAAUAGCACAUCCCCGUCGCACGGAACCCUACAAAACCGCCGUUACAACACACGGCGACUCGGAAGACUCGGAUAUCGACUGGCAACAGCAACUCACCCACACGGCAACGUGCAGUAACUCCCCCACUUUGAGCUUCCCCGACAGCGAUUGUUGUGUAGGCCAUUGGCGUGCAAGAGAUUCCGCCUUUGAAAUCGUCGCAAGUAAUCGCAAUGGUCGGCACUCUGAAUUUGGACUGGAAUACAUUCUACGUGCGAAAGGAGAAGGAGUGGACCGAGGUGCCCAGGGCGACUGCAGACGAAGUGGCCGCUCGAGGGCCAUACGACAUUGUCACAGCAUGUAAUCGCCGGGCUUACUUUCGACGGUACGGAAGCACCACACCGCGGCAACCUUUGUGGAAGACCGCCGACAGGGGAUUCAAGUUCACUUGCGUCAAUUGCAAGAUGGAAGUGGAUAUGGUGAGCAGCGUCAACUCUUGUCAAGGUCACUUUGACAGAUCCGUUGGGGGCCUCCCGUGUGUCGUCUACUACGAGUUUGAGAACGAGGACGGUGAAACACGACCACUGCUCACUUGUCGGCAGAGCCGGCUGAUACGAUGGGUGCACACUCGCCCAGCGGGGGACAUAGGGGACAUCGAUGUCCCAUGGGACGAAUACCUCAUACAGCGGGAGGCGGAGGGUGCGGGCGAGGACGGCGACGAUGAGGGAGAGGAGGAAGAACGGGAUGCGGUUCCCGCCCCCCUAAGCACGCCCUCAAGUGCGAGUGAGACCGCUGGACAAACGCCAAUUUUGGGCUCGCCAAACGAAGCCUCCGCUGAAGGCUGCAAUCUGCGCUUUGUCGAUGCUUGAGUUUCGGGGAGCUGGGACAGGCGUGAGGUUUGACAUGCACUGCAGGCAUGAGGCGUGAGGUCUGCAGCACAUUGGCACAAUCGGCCACAAAGGCAAGGGCAUCAUUCCAGGAUGUACCGGAGAGACACAAUGUAGCAUGUAUGUAGCAUCCGGACAUCUUACAUAUGUGCGGUAAUUCCUCGUUCCCACCUCAACUUCGUUGCGGUCGUAGCUAAGUACGCUUGCAAUGCUCAAUGUCUCGUUUCCUACCAUCCCUGCCAGUUGCGAAGCUCGACAAAAGUCCCGUGGAAGUGGAUGCAGCGCCGGAAAUCCCUUCCAGGGGUUAGGGUUAGGGUUAGGGUUAGGAUAACCCUACACUCUUUCAAAGUGACCUGCCGUUCCAGGGGUUAGGGUU